CUCCUGGAGUCAGUAGCUUAGUCAGUGACACUCACUAGGGCACACUAGCCACACAUAUGGUAGUAGCUCCUCUGCCAUCCUCACACACACGGCUGCGAAGACCUGCACUUGUCGGCACAUCUCUGAUCAACAGCACAGAACCUGGCCUCAGAAAAAUAGCCUCAUAGAGAGAGAGAGUGAGAGAGAAGGAGGGAGAGGUGGCUUCCAGCCCAUCGUGUUGAAACCUGACUGUUUCGUUGUUGUCACCGUGCUCUCUGGGGAGUUUGCAAGGUUGCCUCUGCUAGUUUCUCUGGGAUAGACAGCAGGAGCCAAGGAACCACUGAACCAGGGAUCUGUACCUGUGGGAUUACAAAGCAGUCCUCCUCCUGCUGGAGCUAAGGGCCUGCAGGGUUUCCUGUGCAGUCGUGGAAAGAGACCUAUGUGAUUUAUAUUAUAGAGAAUGGGCUUGGGCGGCUAAUGGAUUCCCAAACCUUAAGCAUUUGCCUUGUGUUUGACAUAGUCAAGAAUUAGCAAAUUGACCUCUUUCUUUCUUUCUUUCUUUCUUUCUUGCUUUUUUUCUUUAUUUCUUUCUCUCUCUCACUCACUCUCUCUCUCUCUCUCUCUCUCUCUCUCUCUCUCUCUCUUCCAACACUUUCUUUCUUUCCCCCUUUCUGUCACCCUCUCUUCCUCCCUGCUCUGGUCUCUCCAACACAGCCAGACUGUUGACUUGUCUCUGUGCGGCUCCUCGGCCUGACAAAGAACGUAGUUUUCCCCUCAUCUCUGACUCACUGUUUGCCCAGUAGGCUGGAAGUCGGUUGGAUGUUUGAAGCACAAUGUCUGUCGUGGGACCUACAUGAACAAGAAUGGACAUUUCCUCCAUGUAACAAAACAUUGGGAUGAACGAGAAGGGAACUUGAUUUACUUUUUUGCCUUUCCUUCGUAUCUCCGUUAUGCGAUAUGUCUACUUUUUGACCCCAUUUGUUACCUGACCGACGGAGAUAACGGACAAAGAGCAGGCUUGCAAACCUCCUCUUCCUCCUACUCUUCUUCCUCAUCUUCCUCCUGCUCAUCCCCCAUGGCUUGCUGCCUCUUCUCCGGCCACCAUGGCAGUUGGACCCCAGAUGAUGAAGGAGAUCACCACCAGCACAGCACACCGGGCGGCGAGGCAGGCAAUGCAGGGGAUGGCACCCCACCCCCGAAGCGCAAGGGCAAGUUCUCCACCCUGGGCAAGAUCUUCAAGCCCUGGAAAUGGCGCAAGAAGAAAAGCAGUGAGAAGUUUCAGGAAACUUCAGAAGUCCUGGAAAGAAAGAUGUCGAUGAGACGGCCACGGCAGGAGCUGAUCGAGCAAGGCGUGCUGAGGGAGCUUCCUGACAACGAAGCCGAUGACAGCCACCACAUGUCCAAGCCGCCUUAUGUGAAGAACGGACACACCCUACCAGUGAGGGGCCCUGGGGGUGGACGGGGCCACGAGGCCGGCAGGCACCCCUCCGACACGGACCACCACGCCAACCCAACCUGGCUGCCCCAGCUGGAGGAGCAGUGGGUGCGCGUCCCCCAGGACGUGGAGCGGCGCGGCGGGGCCUUGGGUCACCGGGCGCCAGCAGGCCAGGAGGAGCCCAGAGAAGGCCGGAGAGGAGGCCGGCAGGGCGGGGAGGAGCGGAGGCCGGGGCCAGGGCACGGACACGGACCGGGCUGGCAUACGGACGACGGGGGGCGGCGUGGGGGAGGAGGCCGAGGGCACCUGAACGGGGAGAAGAGGCCGGGUCUGCAGAAGGGACUGUCCGAGGACGGCCGGAGGAUGCGGUCCGAGGCCGAAUGGAAGCCCACCCUCCCCAGGCACGCGUCUACUGAGGAGGGGAGAGGACGCAGAGAGUCUGACAGUCACUUUGUGCCCGACUGCGAUGCCAUCCGGGACACCUUGCGGGAACCCCUGCCCCCGAAACAGUCAGUCAUGCCUCCGAAGUGGCUGAUGACCUCCACCCCAGAGCCGGGCACCGAGGGGCCGCCCCGGACCCCUGUCCACAACCCCCCCGCCGCCUUCUCCUCGGCCUCCUCAUCGUCCGCCGGUGGUGGCAGCAAGCCUCUCAGGGCAGUGUCGUCCGCUGGUGGCAACACGCAGUCUUCGGGCACGCUGCCACCACCCUCGUCCUCUGCUGCCUCUGGUGGUGGUGGUGCCACCCAGCAGGCGAAGCAGCCCCCGGUCCCGCCCCCCAAACCCGUCAACCGCAACAGCAACGCUGGCAUGCUGGCAGCGGCCAAUCUCCACGGGGGAGAUAACCCCCAGCUGCCCCUCUACUGGUCCUGCUGGAAGCGGGAGGGCGAGUACGACGUCUACCUGUCCCUGCCCGUCUACCUGUGCAAGCGUCCGGGAGCUGUCCGCGCAGCUGAGAUCCACCAGAUCAGUGGAGGCCACAGCAUGGUUCCUGCCAAGCCCUCCCCACCCAUGCCCCCUAAGAGAACCACACCGGUCACCAAGCGCAACACUGAGGACCCCUCUUCCUCCUCCACCUCCUCCACCCUCCCUCCCCAGAGCUCCCCGGCCUCUUCCGCCCUGACCCCAGAAGACUUCUCCGGCCUGCCCGCGGGCUUCCAGCUGCCCCCGCCGCCUCCCUCCCCACCCCUGCCCUCCCACAUCCCCCCCUCGCCCCCACGGCUGGCCCACACGCACUCCCACCUGCUGCCCCACCAGCACUCCUACCCGCACCCCAUCCCCCAGCCCAUCCCGCCGCCCCAGUUCGACGCCUCCAGCCCAGAGGAGGAGGAAGAGGAGCCCCCACGCCAGGCGCCCGUGCCGCUGCACAUCAUGAUCCAGCGGGCGCUCAACUCGCCCGGGCCGGCCGUGCCACACCCGGACAGCUCGCAGCGCUCCGCCCACGCGCUGCUCUUCGAGACGCCGCCCGAGUACGCCGCCGACGCCCGCGGUCGACCACUUCAGGUCACCAUCCAGCCCCUCAAGAUGCACGACGACGACUACUCGGACGAGGACGAGGAGGACGACGAGAUGGACGAGGAGGACGAGCCUCCGUCAGAGCACCUGCACCCCACUCAGCCGGAGCUGGAGCCGCGGAGCCGGCGGUGCAUUGUGGGCGACCCCAGCAUCAGCGUCAUCCCCGAGGGGGGCGACAGCAGCGAGGAGGAAGACGAGGAAGACGAAGAGGACGGAGCGCGGCGCAUGGGGGAGGAGAGUGACUCCGACGGGCCAGUGCUCUACAAGGACGAAGACUCGGACGAGGAUGAGGAGGACGAGGAGCCACCUAGCGCUCUGGCUAGCCGGGUGAAGCGGAAGGACACUCUGGCGCUCAAGUUGAGCAGCCGGCCAUCGGCCCCAGACCGCCAGCAGGCGGAGCGGGAACGCCCGGUGAGGGACCGGCCGCCGGGGCCAGACUGGCCAGGCCGAGGCGAGCACACAGGCCUCUCGUGGCAGAGCAAGGAGCAGUGGGAGGCCAUCCGUGCACAGAUCGGCACCGCGCUGACGAGACGCCUGAGCCAGCGGCCUACAGCAGAGGAGCUGGAGCAGAGAAAUAUCCUUCAACCCAAGAACCAGGCCGACCGGCAGGCCGAGGUCCGCGAGAUCAAACGCAGACUCACCAGGAAGCUGAGCCAGAGGCCCACUGUGGCUGAACUCCAGGCCAGGAAGAUCUUGCGUUUCCACGAGUAUGUAGAAGUGACCAGUGCGCAGGACUACGACCGCCGUGCUGACAAGCCCUGGACCAAGCUCACGCCUGCAGACAAGGCUGCAAUCCGGAAAGAGCUGAACGAGUUCAAGAGCUUAGAGAUGGAAGUCCAUGAAGAGAGCAGAAUCUAUACAAGGUUCCAUCGGCCCUAGCCCCCUUGCAAAACUGGACUAUGAAGCACUUACCUGCCGAAAGGCAGCAAGGCCAAGACGUGCAUUUCUGCUGGAGCCUCAGGGUCCUAGUGCCACCCGCCUCUCUCUCUCUCUGUGUCUCUCUCUCUCUCUCUCUCUGUCGGACUGCCUUCAACGUUUCUGAAUGUACUGUAUAGACCAACAGGGAAACCUGGACCACCACUUAAAAGCAAAAAAAAAAAAAAAAAAAAACACUCAUCAGUCCCAUCCGCUCACAUAUGUAAAUAUUAACAAAAAUGCACAGAGGGGCGGAAGCGCAGAGGCUGCCAGGUCAAGCCUGGAGGAAUAGCUGCAGUAUUUCUCCCCCACCACCGGGGGGCAGUCACGUGCCAAGGCACUAAUGUGGCUUUUUUGGAGGGGACGCAGGACUAAACCAUUACACAAGAAGAGGGACAAGGUAUGUGGUGGCUUAACACACACCUGCGACAGUCCUCAGGGAGCAGUUCAGGAAGCGGACACACCUCCCUCUCCACCCAGUCCGCUCUGUUUGGGAGCGUUCAGGAGAUCACUGUUUACUCUCUCUUGCGCUCUCUCUCUCUCAGCUUUUACAUUGGUAUGGCACAGUUGUUUCGCUCUGUGGAACUGUAAUAAAAUUAUUCACAUUAAUAGUAAGAAUGAUGAUAAUUAUAAUAAUAAUAUCUAUGGUGACAAUACAGUAAUAAAGCAUACAGUAAUAAUAAGUGUUAGUUACCGGUUGCUAUGAAGAGAGUGGGCGUGGACAGCCAGAAGGACUGCAAGGCUGUCCAUGCAUGAAGGCACAAGCUCUGGGAUUACGUGUUUAUACGUGAGUGUAUGUAUGUGUGUAUAGACUGUUGUAAUAUUUGUCAUUUAGACUGACAGUUUGGAAGGUUAUUAUCAUAAGAUGACUGUAAUUGUCAAAGGUUUUUUUUUUUUCAUUCUGAACACAACAUUAUGGCCUUUCAUGAAACUUUCUUUGAAGGUUGCCAGGUUACAGUUGCCAUUUUAGCCACGAAUUUAGAGGACAAAGAAAAUAGUAUCAUUAUUUUAGUUGCACUUUUUCUCUUUGUUUUUAUUUUAUUUUAUUUUUUUUACAUGUUUUACAAUUUCAAAAUUUCCUAUUGCUGCUGUUGUCAUAUAAUGAGGUGCAGAUCAGGUUCAUUUCAGGUUAGAAAUAAUUGAUCUGUUGUGAAGCCCUGAAACACAAGGUCCACAGGUGUUCAACCUGAUAUUGCACACUAAUUAUAGUAAUAGAGCAGACGUACCAGUCAGAAUGUACAGACAGUGCUCCAAAAAGCACUGAAACAUGUAUGUUUUAGCAGAUGAAGACAGCGACUGAAUAAAAAGGUUCACUGAACACUUUUUAAAAUUGAUUUUUAUUUUCUUGUGGCAUACAGGGAAACAAUUUUGGCAGGAACAUCCAUAUUUUUCACUGCUUCUCAAGUGUGUCUCAUAAUUCAUGGCCAGUAGAAGAGAAAGUGUUCUGAUGUAUAGACUGAUUCUGUAGAUUAAACUGGCUGUGUAUAUCUGGUCUUCCUUUUAUUUUGAAAAAUAUUUUAAAUAUAAUAAAUGUGAUAUAGGUUGCUAUUUUUUUAAGCAAAAAAUAGUGUAUGAUUCUACAAGGACUCUACAAGAAUGGGGAUGCCUAUUCUAUUAUAGAGAUGUACUGUAUGUUUCUUUUUUUAAUAUGACAGUAAUAUUUCAGUAACUGACGAUAACAAUUUCUCAUAGCUGUAAAGUCAUCUCAAAAUCUCAAUUAAAUGCUUUGAGUAUUAAGAAACUUGUGUUGUCAAACGUCAUGUUUCUAAUCAAUGCCUGCACUUCUGAAAAAUAAAUGUAGGCUAUUGUUA